AUGCUAGGUCCCCAUGGUCUCCGCGGUUCAAACGACAGUGUCCUGUACCUUCUACGCAACCGCGCAGAACACCGCCUCAUCCUGACAAACACGUUCUUCUGUCUGCCGGAGCGAGAGAAUGCCACCUGGAGGCAUUCUCGGUCGCGUCAGUGGCACCUGCUGGACUAUGUUCUCGUCCGGAGGCGAGGUCAGCAGGACGUGCUGGUGACAAAGGCGAUCGCGGAUGCUGGCGGGUGGACCGAUCAUCGUCUCGUCAUCGCGAAAAUGCGUAUUAGCCUACAGCCUCGCAGAAGACCACAAGGUAAGCCACCACCCAGAUAAGUUGAAUAUCGCCUUGUUGUCUUUGCCCGCUCACCAUUUCCAUUUUAGCGACGAGCUAGCUCAACGGCUAGACAAAAUUCCUGUCGCAGCCGCCACCGCCACCGCCGCUGUCGAAAGGCAUAUGUGGAGAACCGAUGGUAUCAACUGCGGGAAACAGGCCAGUGGACGAUGCUUGCCGUCCUCGGUCACGCACGUCGGCCGUCUUCUACCGAAUAGCCAGUGCGGCUUCUACCGUUAUCGCAGGACCACGGACAUGAUCUUCGCCGCUCGUCAACUUCAGGAGAAGUGCCACGAGAUGCGGACCCAUCUGUACUCUACUUUCGUGGAUCUAACGAAAGCCUUCGACACGGUCAAUCGUGAAGGUCUGUGGAAGAUCAUGCAGAAAUUCGGCUGUCCGGAGCGAUUCAUUCAGAUGGUGUGUCAACUCCACGACGGCAUGAUUGCGCGUACGUCACGGACAACGGAGCUGUCUCAGAGGCAUUCGCAUUGACUAACAGUGUGAAACGGGGAUACGUCAUGGCGCCUACCCUCAUCAGUCUUAUGUUCUCUGACGUGCUGAUGGACGUCUACCGCGACGAACGUCCCGGGAUCCACAUGGCCUCCAGGACGAACGGCCACCUCUUCAAUCAACGCCGGAUGCACUUCCAAUCUCGCGUAUCCACAACCACCGUUCACGAAUUUCUCUUCGCCGACGACUGCGCCCUGAACACCACCACGGAAGAGGACAUGCAAUGGAGCAUGGACCUCUUCUCGGUCGCCUGCGAGACCUUCGGUCUGGUCAUCAACACGGAGAAGACGGUGGUCAUGCAUCAACCGCCACCAAACACAACCCCUCAGCACAAUGCGCCACAGAUCAGCGUGGACGGAACCCAACUGCCAGCGGUGGACAAUUUCCCAUACCUUGGCAUUACCCUCUCCCGUAGCACGAAAAUCGAUGACGAAGUGGCCCGCCGGAUCUCAAAGGCCAGUCAAGCAUUCGGCCGCCUUCAAAGCACAGUUUGGAACCGUCACAGUCUGUAG